CGAAGAGAGGCUUCCCUUUUUGUACAAAUUACACAUAUACAGACACGGCCAGGUAGAGAAAGAGAGACAGAUCUCUCUCAAGGCAGAGAUCUUUUGCGUUUCUCAAUAUAAGUGAAAGAGUAGUAGAGAGAGAAAGAGAAGAUCCAAAGAGCUAACCCUGGCUCCCUGAAUAUCUUCUCUUUUUAAUCUGAAUCACGCUUUCCUUUGUCUCUUAGCUUUGUUUUCGUUUGAUCCCAUCCCCCUCUAGCUAAACUCGUUUGUCUUCUAUGCCACCUUCAGGCUGAUCAAAACAAAACAAAACAAAACUUGUUUUUUCGCUAUCUUCUUCUCCCUUUGAGGUAAACAGCAUAAAUAAAUAAAAUAAAAAAAAGCGACAGAAAGUGAUCGAUAGAAAAAGAGACUUGUGGAGUAGCUCUCAGUGUAAAGAUGGGUACUGGUUGGAGAAGAGCCUUCUGCACCCGCGACCCUGCUUCUACCAUAUCGGAUAAACAGCCCAGAAGCCCGAGCCAAAGCCCGAGCCCGAGCCCAAGAAGCUGCGCCAGAUUGGGUUUUCUCUCCGGAGGUAGCAACCCUUCCACCCCACGCUUGCGUUGUACAACAACAGCGGAAACUGUUUCUCAAACAGUUACAGUAAGUGAGAGUCCCAGAGUUCAUAGCAAGAAUACCACCCCCAGAGCAGCGAAAUCACCAAAAACGCUAUCGGUCUCAAAUCCAACUUCUCCUCGCUCCCCUCUCAAGCUCUCCCUCUUCAGGAACAGCUUCAAAUUCAGGAGUAGCUGCGGAAUUUGCUUGAACAGCGUGAAGACGGGACAGGGUACGGCGAUUUACACAGCGGAAUGUGGUCACGCGUUUCAUUUCCCGUGCAUCGCAGCGCAUGUACGCAAGCAUGGAAGCCUGGUGUGCCCCGUAUGCAACGCCACGUGGAAAGACGUGCCUCUACUUGCGGCGCACAAGAACCUCGCUCCAGAAUCCGCCACGCAAAACAACGUCGUCGUCGUCCAGAGGGUCGCAGAAAGUCCUUACACCAAUGCUGCCAGCGACAAAAAGCCAACAGAGAAUAAUAAUGCCUCCCCCGUUUUCAAAGCCUACAACAACAACAACCACGUGGAGCCACCGGCAAAGCAUUCCGAUCCAAGCAGGUCCUACGACGACGAUGAACCACUCCUCUCUCCCACCUCCGACGGCCGGAUUAUUCCCAUUCCCGAAGCCGACGAGGACGAGGAUGAAGACCCCGGCGAGUUCCAGGGCUUUUUCGUCAAUCCAAAGAACUCAUCCUCUUCCAAAUCCUACUCCGAUUCGUUGCAAACCAGCGACGGAGAUUCCAGAACAGUUCAGGUGAAACUGAUGCCGGAGUGCGCUGUCAUCUCAGUUUCACGAGCACACGAGACCUACGCUUUGGUCUUAAAAGUGAAGGCUCCACCGCCGCCACCACCUCCUUCGCGGAGCAGCGCGGCGCCGUCGCAGCGCGCGCCAAUAGAUCUGGUGACCGUGCUGGACGUAGGUGGAAACAUGACCGGCGGGAAGCUUCACAUGCUGAAGCGCGCGAUGCGUUUGGUUAUCUCAUCGCUUGGCACCGCUGACAGGCUCUCCAUCGUGGCUUUCUCAGCCACCUCCAAACGGCUCUUACCUUUGCGAAGAAUGACAAGCCAAGGUCAGCGCGUGGCUCGUCGAAUCGUUGACCGGCUAGUGAUAGGUCAAGGCUCCAGCGUAGGGGAUGCGUUGAGGAAAGCCACCAGAGUGUUGGAAGAUCGCAGAGAAAGAAACCCGGUGGCCAGCGUCAUGCUCUUAUCAGACGGUCAAGAAGAAAAGGUUCAAAAUCAGAGAGGUAAUAAUAAUCAGAGGAAGUCAUCGAGCCACGUUUCGUCGACGCGGUUCGCGCAUAUCGAGAUUCCGAUUCACGCGUUUGGGUUCGGGGCGAAGAGCGGUUACAGUCAGGAACCGGGGGAGGACGCGUUUGCGAAGUGCGUGGGUGGGCUUUUGAGCGUGGUGGUUCAGGAUUUGAGGAUUCAAGUAGGGUUUGAAUCUGAGUCGGUUGAGAUAAGUGCGAUUUACUCGUGCAGUGGAAGGCCAACACUGAUGAGCUCAGGGGCGGUGAGGAUGGGGGAUUUGUACGCCGAGGAAGAGAGGGAGCUAUUGGUUGAGUUGAGAGUUCCAGCAUCGUCAGGAACUGGGGCCCACAACCACGUGAUGACGGUACGGUGUUUGUAUAAAGACCCUGCCACGCAGGAGAUCGUAUACGGUAGGGAGCAGGGUCUUCUGGUGCCGCCGCCCCAGAGUUCCGGUACAAGGAUUGAGAGGCUAAGGAAUCUCUUCAUAACCGCCCGAGCCAUUGCAGAGUCGAGGAGGCUCCUUGAGCAUAGCCCUGACUUCACCAGUGCUCAUCAUUUGCUUGCCUCGGCGCGUGUACUUCUCAUGCAGUCUAAUUCGGCUUCGGCUCAGGAGUAUGUUCGCGGCUUGGAGGCUGAGCUGGCAGAGCUUCACUGGAGGAGACAGCAUGAGCAGAUGCAGGUCCAGGUACAGCAGCGGAGAAGAGGGGCCGAGAGAGAGGUCAUGGCGCUGCUGGACGAGAACGGCGAGCCGCUUACGCCGACUUCGGCUUGGAGAGCCGCGGAGAAGCUGGCUAAGAUGGCAAUGAUGAAGAAGUCUUUGAAUAGAGUCAGCGACUUGCACGGCUUCGAAAACGCUAGGUUUUAAUUUUAUUAUUAAUAAAUGUAGAGGCAUAUUUAGAGAGAAGAGAACAAAAGAGGAUGGGGCAUGAUAGUCUAAGGGAAUGGGGACAAGCUGGUAGCAGACGGCGCGGCCCCUUCUGCAUUGGAAGAAAGGGUAUGCCCCACUCUAAAAUGGGAGAGAUUCAUUGCUUGGUUCCUCGAUCAUGUCUUUUUGUCUUGCAUUGUGCCUUUUAUGUACACCCUUCUUUUCCAUUUUUAAUCAUUUGCUUUUCAAGAUCACAGCCAGAAACUGCUCCAGUCAAUGCUCCCAUGUUGGGAUCGCUAGUUUAUCAUAACUAUCAAGGGUAGAAACUAGAAGAAAAGAAAAAAAAAAAAAAAAAAAAAGUUGUAAAUGCCAUUCUAGUGGAGUAGUCUAUAAAGUCUCUCUUCUCGCUCUUUCUCUAUUUUCAAUAUGCUUGGCUUUUCGGAAAUGGAUAUUGUCGUGUUUAAGGUUUUGGAUGUCGUUUUAAUGUAGUGGGUUAGUUUGUGCCGCUAAUAAUUAAGUAGCGGACUAGGAACGGGGAUGAAAUGAUAUCUUUUGUAUGAAAAACAUGGCAGAAGACAGAACUUAAUGAUGAACAAAUGAUUACAUUCCAUGGCA